GGAACUAGGGAUAGAAUUCUGCGGGCUAUGUUUAGUUGUUGUUGAAGCUUUUGUUGUGAAAUCUGGAAAGAAACAUUUAUUAUCGUACAGCUUAUCUUAAAUAUGUAUGAGCAUUUGUACCAAAGCAUACAUAAUUAUAAAAAAAAUAUAUUUCUAUCUACUACAGUUACUGUACAAGUGUUACACAAAUAAUUAUUUUUUAAAUUUAUUUAAAUGUGUUGAUUAGGAAUACAAAAAAUCAACAAUUAUCUUUUUUUGCAUAGACAUACAUACAUGUCAAAGUAGCACUAGUUUCUUGCGCAGCUGGCAGUUUAUACUCAGAGAUACAUAUGGACAAACUGAGUUGUAAAAUGGAAUAUAUAAAGUUUUGGUAUCAAAAAACUACAUCCAGGAAUAAUAUAGUAUUACUGCAUUUACUUUCACUUCAAAUAAUAAUGAAAAAUGCAUAAAAAAGUAACAAAAUACAUAAUACUUACCGGCUUGUGCGUAGACGCCUGCUUACGGUCUACCAUCUUGCGGGCUACUGACAGUUCAGUGUUACCAGCAAUAAAACUAUAAAUCCUACUAAAUAUCAUAGUUCAUAAACUAACUUAUUACAAGAAAAACUAUGUCAAAAUUCGUUUAGUUUUCCUACAAUAUUUUUUUAAAGAGCAGUGUAUCCACUGAUGCACUCUGCCAAGUUAAGGGUUAAAAUGGUUGAACUGCCGUCUUAUGACUAUCAUAUGGCCGAAUAGACCUACGAAGUACCAUGUGCUCUUGUGAUAUGGUAUAAGGUUUAUUUUUGUUUGAAACUGUUCGAAACCGUUCAUGCAUAAAAAAAGUUCGCUAAUAAAUAGUCUUUUGUCAAUUCGCCGCCGUAUAGCGCCGGCGUUUUUUUCCUUUUGAAAACACUUAUUCUGCUAUUAUUAUUAUAGUAUUGCUCUUCUUACUGAGUAGACGUUUUCAGAUCGACUUUACUUUUACAUUUGUAUAACAUUAAAUAAUAUUCAACAUUUGUAAAUAUCAAUGAAUCAUAAACCUUAUUUUUUCCAAAUUAAGGUUCUUGAUUGUUUGAUAUUUACAAAUGUUAUUAUUAGGUGAAAAUUUAAUUUAAUAAAAACCUAGGUUUUCCAGGGUGAUUUAGCUGUACCUAUUUAUAUAAAUGAUUUUUUUUAUAAAACAAAAAAUAGUACAAAACGUUUGUAAUCUCUGCAUAAAAAAGUCACUUACUCUCAAUUUCAAAGAAAACACGUAGUUAUCCACUAAAAACAAGUAUCCUUCCGUUUGUAACUGAUGUUUGAUGACAAAUAAACUUAAUUAGGUCUAAACAAGUGAAAAAGGCAUAAAAAAGAACAUGGCUGAUGGCACAAUAGGCGUGUCAUGAAAUAUUUGUUCGCCGCCACAGCUAAAAGUUGUCGAAAAUCGGUGCCGGAACGUAUCGGUUAAUAAUUUAUUUAAAUAUAAUAAUGAAACUUAAUAAUUUUAAACCAAUUCAAUGCUAUGAACCAAAGAUGUUUUAUAGGUCUAUGAACUAAAUAAUUUAAAACCUAUCUGCAACCAUCUUCAUAUUUGCUUUUUUACGGUUUUCAAGACCAUUUGAAACGUUCUCGCUGAAGGUUUAUGUGUAUACAUAUAUUAUGUAUAUAGAGGAUAUUCGUAAUCAAGUUGUAAAAAAAGGACAUUAGUAAAUGUGCAAAGCUGGCACAAGUCACUAAUUAAUAAACUAAGACACUCAGUUUUAAAAUAAUAUAUUUUACAAAAUAUUUAAUUUUUAAAUAAUCUUUACAUAAGCAUAUGUUUUACCAAAUUAUACAUUAAUGUAAAUUAACUAAUCUCUUCCAAAUAUGAACUUCAAGAAUAUAGUGGAUUGAGGGAAAUUCACAUAUUAUAUCACUUCAAAUAAUUAACAAAAUGGUCUACUAAAACAAAAUUAACAAAAUUCGUCUAACCAGAAUUAAACAAAAAAUAAUACACGCUGUAAUAAAAAAAAAUUGCCAUCAAGCAUAAAAAUGCUCUAACAAUGACGAUUUGAAACUAAAGUUUUCAUAAUAAACAAAAUCUAUAUAUUCUUCAGAUAUAACAAGGGUUUUUUUUAUUUUCUAAAUGUAUAAAAAUUCUUUUAUCAUCUGUGGUGAAAAUUCACUAUUAAUAAAAAAUGGUAUCCUUGUUAAGGGUAUUCAAUACCCACUUAAAAGGUAUUAAAGCGAUCUUAAUUACAUCAUUUAUUUCUAUAAUAUAUUACUAAAGGUUCUUUAAAAAAGAGUAAAGUAAAGAUGCAUCCUAUUCACGUCCCACUGCCGGGCACAGGCCUCAUCUCAUUUCUAAGAGGGUUUUAGGGCAAGGAAAUGUCCGCCGCGCUGCCCCAAUGCGUGUUGGCGAACUUCACAUGUCUUCGAAAUAUUUUUUUUCUUAUUUCUCAAGACAUGCAGGUUUCCUCACGAUGUUUUCCUUCACCGCCGAGCACGUGGUGAAUCAGCACUUAAAAUUGCAAUUAACAAUUUCAUUGGUGCCGGCGGGGAUCGAACCCGAGUUGCUCGCAUACUAUGAAACUUACAGCGAGCGCUAACCAUCUGAGCUACCACGGCUUCUUUAUUCUUUAAUAUUCUGAUAAGAAUUCUGCUAAUACAAGAAAAAACCUUGUGGAUAGUAGCAGUAAAAAAUGUUCAUAAUCCAAAGUAACAAUACUUUUAAGACAGUAUAUCAAGAAUGGUAACAUUUAAAUUCCUUAUAUCCAUAAUUUUUUUUUUACUUAAUUAACGUUUUCCCUGCACUAGGAUUUCUACUGUAUCGAGGAGGCAGUUUACCAUUAAGUGGACUAAGCUCGUUUGUCACAUAUAAAAAUUGUACAUGACAACGUUUUUGAGUUUAAAUAUUUUAACUUUUUAUAUACAAAUUAUUUUGUGUUCCAUUGACUUAUCAAACACAUGCUGAAUGUCAUACAUUAAAUGUAUGACUCAUUUUCUUUUUUGUGAUUGAAUUUAAGCAUCAAGAAUUGCUUUUAAAUAACCUGAAACUAUGAAACAAUGCAAUUCCACUUCAAUAAUUAAGAUCGCAUUAAAACCUAACAUAAAUUAAUCCUAGUAGAAAUUCACAAGUCAAUCUUAGGCCUAUACUGCAACCGUAGCGGUGGGUCGCGGAAUCGCCAACGUGUGACGUAUACAAAUUUUAAUGUAUGGUCCUUUCCUAGUAAUUCGUCAUUGCAUAGAAUGUCAAUCUGGAAUAAAACAAAAUAUACACACUGUAAGUAUAUAUUUUACUAUGUAGUUGCAGUGAAAGAAUAUUAUUAUCUACUACACCACAUUGUCCUCUGGGUGUCGUGAGAGACCAAACCAGGAAUUGGGUCUUCCUAAUAACACCUAAAACAUAAAAAGCUACUGUUGCCAUCCCGCCUGCCUAGCGUGAUAACUGUGGCAAAUAUCCACCCUACGAGGCAAUCAAUGGGGAAUGUUCAGUGUGCCUAGUGCGAGUUCCACAAAAUAAUUCGAAUGACUUCACCAUCGCGUUAACCGAGUUAACGCCAUACCUAUCGACAAGUGAAGACAAGCGAGUGUGUGUUACAAUCGAAGCUAACCUUUCGAUUCGCGUUUACUCACCGUGAAUCGCGUUCGUUCCUUCUCUUAUGUUGGUAACACGUUAGCGUCGUGAAAUAAACUAACCAAGUUUAGGAUGACAUAGUUACUUAGUCGUCUUAAUAUUAGAAGCUGUCUAUCAAAGUUGUGGUUAUUAUAGCAUCUUUCAUAUACUUUGACAGUUUGUUUGUUGUGAAGUUACGAUUAUUGAAAAUAUUAAAUCAUAAUUAUAAGUAAAAAAAUAUGAAGACUAGUUCGUCCCAAUUCGAUUUGAUGGUGACAAUUAUGGAGCAGUAAAUUGAAUUUAAUUUAUUUAGUGUUUAGGGAACAUAUUAAUAUGUUGUUGUAUAUUUUGUAACUAAGUUUAUUGGUUUUAGGCAUGGAGAUCUCAGCAAACCAUCCAAUAAUGCAAGAGGUAGGAUGGCUUAUAUAAAAAACUGGGAGGAAUUAGCUCAAUUUUUGAAUAGUGAUGGUAGUGGUGAUACAAAAAGUACUGAGAAAUGGAAGAAGGUUCUCAAUCUUGGAACGACCCAGGGCAAUCAACACAACCUCAUGUUGCCAAGAAAGUCAACCAGGGCCUGCUUUGUCGGGGCAAACUACACCUUGCCGUGCAAGACCAAUUCAUACUCGAGGAUCACCUCGAAGACGAGUGAGGCCAGCACACACAGAGCAGGCAGCACAAGGGACUCCGGUUCUCUACACUCACCAUAUGAAACACAGCAGUGUUAGGCUGCUAUUUUACGCUGGUAUUCUGUGAGAGCGUGGUCCUUCCCCGGUCGAGCCGACCUAUUCGUGCUACAACUACUACUACUACUACUAUUAUAGCUGUAGCAUGGCUCUACAAAAUAAUUUAGAUUACUUUUCUGUUCUGUUUCAAUGUUCUUGUAAUUAUUAAAUUAUUGUAUUAAGUUGUAAUUGUAAUUAUUUAAUUAAAUUUGUGAUAAAAUUUAAGGCUGGUUAUAAAUAAAAGAAAGAUUUAAGCU